AUGCCAUUACAAUUCAGAGCCUGUUUGAAGAGAGUUGGUACCAGUGACGCCAACCUGGUAGGGAAGCUAUUCUUCAACUUUGUCCAGACAAAAUGCUUCGUACUGAAGCCGAAGAAGAAAUGCGUGCGAACCUCCUGGUGGGGCAAAUGCGAGAAGCACAAGGUUGUGAAACAGGCCAUACUGAGGGAUAACUCAGCUUACUAAUGCGUAAAUUUACACUGAAAUUACACAUUCACAGGUAUCGAUCAAGAACUAUGGAUAACUUGCACUAACAGUAAUCGUCGUACUCAAGUUCUUCCUCAAUCCAAACUUGAUAUACGUCAUCUUGGUCUGAAGUUUUUCGACUGAGCUUUAGAAGUGUUUGUAACAGAUUCAAAAGCGCUUAUUUUUCUUUUCAGAUGAAGAUACAGAAACUCACAUUUCUAGUGCUUUUUUGUGGACUGAUGGUAAAACACACCACAAAAUACUGUUGGAUCAGAAAAUGGGACCACUGUAUUUUUACAAAGUUGCUAAUUAUAUGGGUCAAAACUAAACAUCCGCCACCCAGCUAGGCGGGUCAUAUCUCAAAUCGGGUUUUUUUGCUGGAAAGUUGUACAUACAGAGGCAUGAAGCCCUAUAAAAUUUUACGUACAUUUCCUUCCAAAAGACCUGCUUAGAUGGUGGAGAUUCGGAAAAAACGUAAACUUUAACAUUUUGGCAGCUUUUCCACGUUCUCGAUACUUCAGUCCAUUGAAAACAUUAGGCCCCAUAAUAUAUGACUAUUCCGAGGUAAAAUUGUCCAAGGCAUUCGAAAACCGCAUACAAAUUGCAAUCUGAUUAUUCGUUUCGCAGAUACUCCAGUCAAAAGUUCUUUUCGCGAAUUUUUUCUCGAUGUAAUUAGGCUGUCAAUUCGAAUGCCUUCCGAAAGAAUAAUCCACAUAAUUAGUCCAUACGAAACGACUAAGCCAUUGCCAAAAAUAAACUGGAGUUUGUACUCGCGCCUUUGAACUGGUAAAAUAAAUAUCUUCCGACCGAUUUAUCAGAUGGCAAUUUGAGAGCGAUUUUUGUAUGUUUGGGACAAUUUCACUCCAGAAUAGUCACAUAUUACUAUUCGUCAUUUGUUUGUCUGGCUGACCAGAAAGCAGACAAUGCCAAGGAAAAAGAGAAAGGGAAAGAGAAGAAAAAUGGAGAAGAACAAAGAAAAACAGAAGUGUUCAGUUGAAGAGGAGACACCUAGGCUUUUUGACUUGGUACACGGAUUAAUUUUGAGGUGAACUAAACAAAUUUUUGAUUCAGUUUUGUUAGAGUGUAAUUUUAAGUGUACUAAAAGUUCGCGCUAAUUUUUGAUUACAGUGCGAGCCGUGGCCUUGAAUGUUUACGAACUUGCUCCACUGUGUCGUCCACUGAGUCGCGCAAUAGAGGGUUGCUGUGCGAUUCCGCUUGACUAUAACGUCGCUGCGCCUGAAGUUUGACAUAAUCCCUCAAGUAAGGAAUGUCAAGGUCUCUGUGUAGUGUCUCGUUUGAGACAUACCAUGGAGGGUUCUACUUUGCAGUACUUGAAGACUUUGCAUAUGUAUCUUGGCAAGAAAACACCAAGCAGCACAUGCAUAAGUAAUGGCU